AUGUCAACGUUUAAUGGAAUCGUUUCUGAAUUUCCAGAAAUAUGGAAUGCUCAACCACCCCUAGCUUGCUUCCUGAGCCACGUCCACAGCGACCAUCUCGCAGGACUAGAGAGUCUGCGCUCUCCAUUAAUCAACUAUGGGAAAGGCGUUCUGGAAGCCAGACAACAAACAUUUAAACAUCUUAGCAAAGUAUUAAGAUCCUUGCCGUUAGAAACACCUACAUCUAUUGAGCUUUGCCCAGGGCGGGAAAUUCAGGUGACGCUCUUUGAUGCCAACCAUUGUCCUGGGGCUGUCAUGUUCCUGGUGGAAGGUGACGGUAAAGCGAUCUUAUACACCGGAGACAUUCGAAGCGAACCAUGGUUUGUCAACGCGAUUGAACGAAACCCUAACCUCAUCGAAUAUACAUCGGGUCUCAAAACCCUUGAUAAGAUCUACCUUGAUACGUCCUUUACUGAGGAUGUUCCAUUUGAGACAAAGGCCCAGGGCAUAACCGAGCUGUUAAAAAAGAUCUCGAAGUAUCCGAACGAUACCGUAUUUCACUUUCAAGCCUGGACUUACGGCUAUGAGGACGUCUGGAUUGCACUUUCCAAAGCACUCAAGUCGAAGAUACACGUCGAUGAUUAUAAGCUACGCAUAUACGGUUCCCUUAAAUCAAGAAACCCCAGGUCCCAAUUCGAUGCGGAUAUGCAUCUGGCCCCCGAAUCACCAGCUUUGACUGGCCAUAUGUGUGGUAACACACCACAUCUAGGAUGUAUGACCUCGGAUGUAAACGUACGCUUACACAGCUGUGAGAGAGGAAACAUCUGUGAAGUGGCGUCAAAGGACAUGACAGUCUCGAUCCAGCCUAUAAUCGCACAUUUAUCUGGAGGAAAGGACUUGGCUGAGGUCGGAGUUGGAGGGGGCGGAGACGACUUUAAACAAGAGGCAGAACUUGAAUUCGUGGACCAAGCCAACUUAGCCGCUCUUUUUGAUGUGUUCGUACUUCCAUAUCAACCUUAUCGGACCGAGCUAAUCUCUUAUAGGGCCCUUUCCUCAUCUGCUACUUCGUCUCAGAAGUCAGACAUGCUUCGAGAGGGCUUAGAACAGCUACUCUCGACAGGUCGGAACAUACCCCUGGAUUGGGAUGUUGACACUUUGAGUACAAAUUCGGCUAAAGAAGUUAUCGCCAUACUUGUCCAAAAGUUAAGAACGAACAGGAAGAACCAGAAGUCCGUUCAUGAGGAGGCUUUGCCCAAGACGAUCUACUUCCCUUACUCGAGGCAUUCUUCAUUGCCAGAGCUGCGUCACUUUGUUGAAGCCUUCCGUCCUAAAGAUAUAUGGCCAUGCACCGUUAAUACUGCUGAAUGUUGGAUAGGACUGAUGCCUAGAAGAAUCAGGUUGUUUCUUUCUUCUUAUCUUUCCAUGUCUGAAUGGCUCAGAAAUGGAACUACUAUUGAAUCCUUAUUCGGGCAAUUCUGUUCUAGCAAGGAAUUUGAACAUGAUAGAGUCAUGCAAGCCAUAGCCGCUAAGAAUGCAUUGUGCAGCCAGAAUCAACAACACGCCAGUCAAACGACUGUUGACUCAGACCCCGCGCCAAGCUCACCCAACCACGAACCCCAGGAUCUUCAAGAACAAAAGCCCGGCAAUUUCGAACAUGUGUUUGUGAGUCUUUUAGUGGACACACAAGUGAGCGGCUACCAAGAGCAGACGAAUCUCGAUCCAGAGCAGCCGGACGAUUUAAACACACUACCUGAGAACUUGUCAGCGCGUUGGGGAUACCAGAAGACUACCCUCUUGCUUGUCAAGAGGCGUAUUGGCAGAUGA